CUUUUCAAUUCUUGCUUUCCGAACUUCAUUUUCAAUCACCAAUAGCCAACGCAAGAACAAAGCAAGAAAAGAUUUUUUACUUUUUGCGUGGAAAUUAAGAAAGGAUUGAUUUGUUCAAAGCAAGGAAAAAAGGAACCAACUCAACUCUUCCUCCUUUCCUUUGUGGUUGUUUGGAUUGAUUGAUGCAAAAGGAAGGAAGCAAGCAAGUACAAGGAAGAACUGGUCUUCACUUGGAUUGGAUUGGAUUGGAUUGGAUUCAACAAAGGAAGAAACAUCAGAGAAAAAAAGGAAGGGUUCAGCUUGCCGUCCCUUUCCUCCCCAUUAAUCCAAUCCAAUCCCCUGCUCCCCAACCAAUCGCAAUAGAAUACUUGACAAUUCUCUCUCUACUGGACACCGUGUUUGUUGCUUACUUACUCCUCACAUUUUUCAAUCCUUCUUCUUCUUGGUGCAUCCCCAACCAUCCCUCUCCUCCUCCUCUUCUUCUUCUUCUACCCUUUGCUUGCUUGCUUGCUUGUCCUUUCUGCUGUUGCAUCCUCGGCAGCAGUGGCGGCCUACUGAUUCCCCCCCUAUCAACCGCUCCUCAGCUUGCCGGUCCUGCGUUGCUUCAUACCAGACCACACCAGAAAAUAAACUCCGGCAUCAGAGAGAGCCUCCUGCAUUGCUGAAACCUGAAUAUUACUGCCAACAACUUGGGGGAAUUUUCUCCUCUCCUCUGCAACGGCGCCAUGCUGCCCUUCUAUAUCUGCUCUGCUCUCUUCACACUAUUAUAUUUCGCACAUGUGCAGCAACCGACGGCCGCACAGAUCACCGCACCAUGGGAAGUCAACGCUUUGAGAGCUAUAAGAGGCAGCUUGAGUGAUCCAAAUGGAUUUCUCAACAGCUGGAACCGUGGAGAUCCAUGCGUCGCAAAUUGGACCCGUGUUAUCUGUUACAACGUAACAGCAAAAGAUGAUGGAUACUUCCAUGUGCAAGAACUACAGCUUCUACGGUUGGAUUUAUCCGGGACUUUAGCUCCUGAGCUUGGCCAGCUCUCCCGUAUGAAAAUUAUGGAUUUCAUGUGGAACAAAAUCACUGGGAGCAUUCCUAAGGAGGUCGGCAACAUUACUUCUCUGGAACUAUUGCUCGUAAAUGGGAACCAGCUGACCGGUUCUUUACCAGAGGAAAUUGGCUUCCUUCCUAACCUGAAUAGGAUUCAGAUUGAUCAGAACAAUAUAUCCGGACCCAUACCUAAAUCAUUCGCUAACCUGAACAAAACCAAGCACUUUCACAUGAACAACAAUUCAUUGAGUGGUCAGAUUCCACCUGAAUUGUCAAGGUUACCUUCACUUGUUCACAUGUUGCUGGAUAACAAUAACCUAUCGGGCUAUCUUCCUCCAGAAUUAGCGCAGCUACCGAAACUGCUCAUCAUCCAGCUAGACAAUAACAACUUCUCGGGAAGCUCGAUUCCUCCAUCUUAUGGCAAUAUCACCACACUUCUGAAAUUGAGUUUGAGGAACUGCAGCUUGGAAGGCCCUGCUCCUGACGUUAGUGGAAUACCGCAACUUGGCUACUUGGAUGUUAGUUGGAAUCAGUUGACGGGUCCCAUACCAUCCGGCCAACUAGCGAGCAACAUAACUACAAUAGAUUUUUCCCACAAUCGUCUUAACGGUUCUAUUCCUGCAAGUUUCUCCAGCCUUCCUAAUCUGCAAAGACUGUCAUUGGACAAUAAUAACUUGGAUGGCUCUGUCCCAUCUGAUGUCUGGCGAAACAUCGAUUUCAGUGGAAACAGAAGCCUGAUAUUGGAUUUCCAGAACAACGCCCUCACGAAUCUGUCAAAUCCUCUUACACCCCCUGCUAAUGUUACCAUCAUGUUAUCUGGAAACCCCGUAUGUCAGUCCCAGAACCAACUGAACAUAGCUCAGUAUUGUCAAUCAACUCCAGAAGUUAAUCCUGGAGGAGGCUCCAUAGAUAACAGCUCGCUUUGUGCGCCAUGCGCAACCGACCUUCCUUUAGAAAGCGUACUCAAGGCACCAAAUCCAUGCUCGUGUGGCGUUCCACUCUACGUGGAUUACCGGCUCAAGAGUCCAGGAUUCUGGGAUUUUGUUCCCUAUGAAGCGCAGUUUCAGGAGUACCUGUCGUCGGGGCUCUUUCUCAACUCGUACCAGCUGGAAGUUACCACUUUCAUGUGGGAAGAAGGCCCAAGGCUCAAGAUGACGCUGAAGCUGUUCCCAAACAACACCAUUCUUUUUAAUUCGGGUGAAGUGCAGAGACUGAGAUACAUGUUCACAGGGUGGCUCAUCGCGGACUCGGAUAUAUUUGGGCCCUAUGAGCUUAUCAACUUCGACCCAGGGUGGUAUGAGAAGGUACUGCCGGGUCGUACAAAGAAAAGUCUCAGUACAGGUGCCAUUGUUGGUAUUGUGAUCGCAGCCUUUGCUGCAGCGGCAGUUCUUUCAUCACUCAUUACUCUCAUCAUAUUGAGAAGGCGUUCAAGACAGUUUUCAAAGAAACGCACCGCGAAAAGGAUUCCGAUGAAAAUUGAUGGCGUGAAAGACUUCACUUUCGAAGAAUUAUCAAACUGUACAAAUGAUUUCAGUGAGUCGGCACUAAUUGGUCAAGGAGGGUAUGGAAAAGUAUACAGGGGGGUGUUGGCUGAUGGAAAAGUAGCAGCAAUAAAACGUGCACAAGAGGGAUCUCUUCAGGGUUCAAGGGAGUUCUUCACAGAGAUAGAGUUGCUGUCCAGGCUGCAUCACCGAAACCUCGUCUCUUUGCUUGGCUAUUGCGACGAAGAGGAUGAGCAGAUGCUGGUGUACGAGUACAUGCCAAACGGUACUCUACGUGAUCAUCUUUCAGCUAAAGCUAGAGAGUCUCCAAGUUUUCCCAUGAGGCUACGAAUCGCACUGGGAUCAUCACGGGGCAUCCUGUAUCUGCACACGGAAGCGGACCCUCCGAUAUUCCAUCGCGACAUCAAGGCCAGCAACAUUUUACUCGACUCCAAGUUUGUAGCCAAGGUUGCCGAUUUCGGCCUGUCGCGCCUUGCUCCGCUGCCGGAUACAGAGGGGAGCGCCCCUGGCCACGUGUCCACCGUCGUCAAGGGCACCCCGGGUUAUCUUGACCCGGAGUAUUUCCUGACACACAAGCUCACGGACAAGAGCGACGUGUACAGCCUGGGCGUGGUGUUCCUGGAGCUGCUGACGGGGAUGCAGCCUAUUUCUCAUGGAAAGAACUUGGUGAGGGAGGUGGUGGCGGCGAACCAGUCGGGGAUGAUCCUGUCGGUGGUGGAUCUGCGGAUGGGGUCAGUGCCGGGGGAGUGCGUGGAGCGGUUCGCCGCGCUGGGGCUGCGGUGCUGCCGGGACGAGACGGACGCGCGGCCGUCCAUGGCGGAGGUGGUCAGGGAGCUGGAGACCAUCUGGCAGAUGACGCCCGACACGGACGGCGUGCCCUCGGAGUCGGUGGCCAUGGAUCCCACCCACACGCCAGCAUCGUCGUCGACAGCAACCGGGUCUCGGAUGGGCAACGAGCAGUACGACAUGUCGACGUCGGACGUGUCCGGCAGCAACCUGCUGAGCGGCGUGGUGCCCAGCAUCAACCCUCGCUGAGAAAGAUUAAUUGUUUGUUUGUGUGGAGCCUGCAUAUGUAUAUAGGAGUAUAUGGUUGCUGGUGUAUGGAUGUGUGUAUUAUGUGUCGUUUGUGCCUUUUUAGGAAUUGUGCUCUGCUGCUGGUAGAAGUUUUCGUUAGAAAUUUGUGAUUGUUCAAAUUUCCAUUUCCGUUUUCGCUGCUAGUCAGGAGCUAGUAUUACGAAUUUGUGAGCUAUUAGAAAUUUGGUUAAAAUUUGUGAUUGUUGACGUUUCUA